AUGGACCUCGUCCUUCUCUGUGUGUUCCUGCCUCUGGUGACUGUGGCAUGGGGCCAGUAUGGCGACUAUUACUACGGUCCCUAUAACUAUGGAGAUAAUGAUGAAUGGGUCAAUGUGUACCGGCAGGGUUUCAACUUCCAGUGCCCUCACGGGCAGGUCAUCGUGGCCGUCAGGAGUGUUUUCAGCAAGAAGGAAGGCUCCGACAGACUGUGGAACUACGCCUGCAUGCCGGCAGCCCAGAGCCUCGGUGAGCCGACAGAGUGCUGGUGGGAAGAGAUCAACAGGGCGGGAACCGAAUGGUAUCAAACCUGCUCAAACAAUGGGCUGGUGGCUGGUUUCCAGAGUCAGUAUUUUCCAUCUGUUCUUGACCGUGAAUGGCAAUUCUACUGCUGCCGCUAUAGCCGGAGAUGUCCGUAUUCAUGCUGGUUAACAACAGAAUAUCCGGGACACUAUGGAGAAGAUAUGGACAUGAUGAUGUACACUUACGACCAUUACAUCCGUGGGGCAACCACAACUUUCUCUGCUGUGGACAGGGAUCGUCAGUGGAAAUUCAUUGUCUGCAGGAUGACAGAGUAUGACUGCCCAUAUCAAAAUGUUUAAAAAGAUCGAUUGUACCCAACUUGGAAAGCUUGGGGACGGACAGGGUGGGAUGAGGGUCAGUGAUUACGGGAGAAGGGCAGUUAGGCUCACAAAAACAGUACCAAGACUCAUCAGCUGUCUGCUGAAGAUACAAUUCUUUCACUCUGGAGCUCUUAAAUAAAGUGCCAGCCCGCGUGCUUGCAACAGCGAUUUUGGAGGAUUCCUUCAAGCUGCACUGGCAGUUGUAUCCCCCAAUUAAACUGCUUAUGAGAUACACGUGUAUGAUACACAAGUCUAUGCCAUAUCCAGUUACCUUUUCAUAUAUACUUAUAGUGAUUCUGAACACAUA